AUGCCAGGGGCGAGUUCAGGGCAGCGGAUAGGAGGAGAGAGGGAGGAGAGAGGGGCGAGCGAGAGCAGUGGAGGAUGGAGGGGGGCGAGCGAGAGCAGUGGAGGAGAGAGAGGGGCGAGCGAGAGCAGUGGAGGAGAGAGAGGGGCGAGCGAGAGCAGUGGAGGAGAGAGAGGGGCGAGCGAGAGCAGUGGAGGAGAGAGGGGCGAGCGAGAGCAGUGGAGGAGAGAGAGGGGCGAGCGAGAGCAGUGGAGGAGAGAGAGGGGCGAGCGAGAGCAGUGGAGGAGAGAGAGGGGUGAGCGAGAGCAGUGGAGGAGAGAGAGGGGCGAGCGAGAGCAGUGGAGGAGAGAGAGGGGCGAGCGAGAGCAGUGGAGGAGAGAGAGGGGCGAGCGAGAGCAGUGGAGGAGAGAGAGGAGCGAGCGAGAGCAGUGGAGGAGGUAG